UCCGCGAUUUAACUUCUUUUUUCAAAGAAAAGGCGAGAAGGGAACUAACCAAGUCCGAAGGCGGCGACAGAGAGAUUUCUGGAUCUAGAUGCGAAGGAGACUGCGAUCCGGAUGCGAGGGUUUCUUUCCUCGGAUUUGCUUGGAUCGCGGAAGGGUUGUAAGCCAUUGUUUAUGAGGUGCUUUGGGGGGAUUUCCGCUUCGAUCCUCGAGUGACUUCUGAACCUAGGUGAUGUGGCUCUAUUCCUCUUCUAGAUUGAAGCCUUAAAGAUUCACAGUCUUUGACAAUCUUAUAAUCUUUAUGCUUUUUGGAGGAUCUGUAUUUGCCCUAGUGUUGUAUAAAUGUCAUUUCGCAGUAUUAUUCGUGAUGUAAGAGAAAGUUUUGGGAGUCUAUCUCAACGUAGUUUCGAGACACGCUUCUCUGGCCAUCAUAGAGGGAAAUCACAGGCUGCUGUACAUCAGGUUCACGACCACCAUCUUGUAGUUCAGGAAAGUUGUUGGGCCAGUCUCCCACCUGAGCUUCUCCAUGAUGUGGUUAAAAGGUUGGAAGAUAGUGAGAGUACCUGGCCUUCUCGUAAGAAUGUAGUGGCUUGUGCAGCUGUUUGCAAGUCAUGGAGGGAAAUGUGUAAAGAAAUUGUUAAGAGACCUGAGUUUUCAGGAAAGCUUACCUUUCCGGUGUCUCUUAAGCAGGCUGGUCCACGAGAUGGUAUCAUCCAGUGCUUCAUAAAAAGAGAUAAAUCUACUCUAACUUACCGUCUUUACCUUUGUCUUAGCCCUGCCGUGCUGGUUGAGAAUGGUAAAUUUCUUUUAUCAGCUAAGAGAGUUCGUCGUGCAACAUGUACAGAGUACAUAAUAUCUACAGAUGCUAGCAAUAUAUCAAGAUCAAGUAACGCUUUUAUUGGAAAACUGAGGUCCAACUUCCUUGGUACUAAGUUUGUGAUCUAUGACACUCAGCCACCAUAUAAUGGAGCAGCUUCCUUCCAACCAGGCAAAACUAGCCGUAGACUUUACUCCAAGAAGAUCUCACCAAAAGUGCCGAGUGGCAGCUACAAUAUAGCCCAAGUGACAUAUGAGCUGAAUGUGCUUGGAACAAGGGGGCCAAGGCGAAUGAAUUGCGUUAUGAACUCAAUUCCUUGCUCAGCCCUUGCCAUUGGCGGUACAGUCCCUGGUCAACCAGAGAAUUUGCUUCCACGUUCUCUGGAGGAUUCUUUUGGAAGCGUGUCAUUUGCCAAAUCAUCUAUCACGGACCAGUCCCUGGAUUUUAGUAGUUCACAUUUCUCAGAUGUCAUGUCUGCAGCAAGAGUGGUAAAUGAUAAUAAAGAUGAUCAGACCAAGGAAAGGCCUCUAGUUCUUCGAAACAAGGCUCCUAGGUGGCAUGAGCAGCUGCAAUGUUGGUGUCUCAAUUUUCGGGGCCGUGUGACCGUGGCCUCCGUAAAAAAUUUUCAGCUUAUUGCUGCUGCACAGCCAGCCGUUGGAUCUCCAGCUCCCGCACAGCCUGCACCACCUGAUCCUGACAAAGUUAUAUUACAAUUUGGAAAAGUUGCAAAGGACAUGUUUACUAUGGAUUAUGCAUAUCCACUGUCAGCCUUCCAGGCUUUUGCCAUUUGCUUGAGUAGCUUCGAUACCAAAUUAGCAUGUGAAUAGAAGGGCUAGGACAGUCUGAAAUCGGACACCCAAAGAGCGCAAGGAUCCCUUGUUGAAUGUAUUGUUCUUGGUCUUGAUGCCAAGCCAGCUUCCAUCAUCUGGUCGGUCAUCUUUGUUUCCUGUCCCAGUUCUGGCAUUGUUAAAAGCAUUUUGCAUCAUGUUCCUCGAGUUCACUUACAGUGACAUUUUGUGGCUAGCCGCCAUUAGAUGUUUUUUCUUGCAACUUUCUUUGAUUGUAAACGGAUAAUUGUAUUGUAUUCACUACUUAAGAAGACGUAAAUUUCUGUUAAGGUAA